GUAUGACAGAGUUGAAGUUAGCAGAGGUGUGUAGGUACAUGCGGGAUCAUUAUAUCGACAUUAUGUGUAUGCAGGAGACGCGCCGGCCAAAUUCCGACCAUUAUGGUACCGAGGACGGCUACCUGGUGGUGCUGUCGGGCGCGGCGGGGACCAACCCUGAGUUCGCAGGCGUAGGAUUUGUGAUAUCCCAAGCUUUUCGCCCACGAGUUUGCGGGUACUGGCAGCUGGACAACCGCAUCGCCUCGAUCAAAGAUCUGGAGAGGGACUUGAUGGACAUUCGCGGCGACACGAACACCACUCUCGCCUCUCAUCAUUUCCCCAUGGUGGCAAAUUUCAUGGCCGGCGACACAACGGAGCAGCAGGAACAGGCGGCGCAAAG